AUGUCCAGUGGUGAGAAAAAGUACCAACGAGCGUUUGAGAAACAGACGAUAACUCGUUCGAUGAACAAACAUGGUCUUUCGUUCAUCGACAAGUAUCAAACUCAGUUAAAUCACUUGCUUGAGUCCGAACCUUUUCUCAAGUCACUUGAUAAAGUCACAUUUGCGUGUGGUGUACUUGUGUUGUUGUUAACGCAACACAUCUUGUCAGCGCGUCCAACAUUUAUGCCAUAUUAUUAUCUUAUAUUAAUAUUACCCCUCUUGUGUGCCAGAUACUUCAUUUACACAAAGAAUGGAUGGCAGUACUUCAUGAUUGAUUUCUGCUACUUCUGCCAGAUCAUGACGAUCAUAUCUAUAUUUACAAUGAAAACAGAAUACGUCUCUCCAUUUCUCCAAGUUGCAUAUGUGUUCUCACAUGGUCCUUUACUCAUGGCAAUCCCAAUGUGGAAGAACUCGUUAGUCUUCCAUGAUCUAGAUCGACUCACUUCCGUAUAUAUUCACUUAUUCCCAGCUCUUGUGAUGUAUUGCAUUAGGUGGCACACAUAUAUUACCGUUCCCGAAUUGACCCUUUUCAAUGGUCUUAUUCUCCCCGCAAUACUUUAUAUCUUCUGGCAAAUUGUGUAUUUGAUUAUCACAGAAGGCUUCAAGAAAGAGACAAUUAAGAAGAAUGGAUACAUCACCUCACUCAUAUGGCUAAGCCAAGAACACCCCCAUCCCAUUUAUCUCUAUUUAGUCAAAAAGGGCGUCAAAGAUCGACCACUUGUCAUCUUAGUCUCCGUCCAAUUUGUUUACACAAUUCUCACCAUUGUACCAGCUUUCUUGUACUACAAAUACCAAUACCUCAACUUGGCUUGGAUCAUCCUUUGCACUAGUUGGGCGAUUGCUAACGGCGCUAAUUUCUACUUCGAAGUGUUCAUUAAACAAUACGAGAAGAGAGUCGAUAACAGCGUCAAGAAGUUGAAGAAAACUGAGGCGCCAAAUGUCAUAUCUCCAGCACCAUCCGCCACUGAAGCCGCCGACACGGAUUCUGGUACUGAGACUGAAUAA